AUGGUUAGAAAGCUUAAAUAUCAUGAAUCAAAGUUAUUGAAAAAAGUUGACUUUGUUGAUUGGAGUCGUGAUAAAGGAAUCAGAAAAGCAGGAAUUAUGGCUCGAUUUCAUAUUCAUGAUGAAAGUGAAUUUGAAGCUUAUGAAAAAGCAGUAUUAAAUUUAAGAAAACUUAGUUUUUUGUUACAAAAAUUACCUAAAGAUGAUGCGUUUCGAAUGGUAUUAACAAAGAGAAUUUGUGAUAGAUUAUAUGAUUUAGGAGUUAUCAUACUACCAGAAAAGGGAUUACAUAUGAUUGAUGUUAUUCAUGCUUCUGACUUUUGUAGAAGAAGAUUAGCUAUUGUUGUAAAAGCAAAAAAAAUGGUAACUGAUGUCACACAAGCAGAGACAUUAAUUCAACAAGGUCAUAUCAAAGUUGGACCUGAUGUGAUUAGAAAUCCAGCAUAUAUUGUUUCAAGAAAAAAAGAAGAUUUUGUGACUUGGGAUGAUGAAUCAAAGAUGAGAAGAAAAAUUAAUGAAUUCAAAAGUCAAGAAGAUGAUUAUGAUCUUGGAGGAAUAGAUUAA